ACCCAGUAGGAAUUUUACCUCAUACGAGUAAUACAACAAGGAAAAUCAGAAUCCCUACUUGCCAUGAACAUUUAAAAUACCUUUUCAGAUAGCCAGCGGAGUACAAUAGAUUUCCCCGCCAGCUAUGACCUGGCUAAGUGGCCAUACGUUUUUAUUUUUCUAUUCUAUGUAAUUCGUGUUAAUAUAUUGUCUGACUACCCGGUAGUAGUUCGGGCAGUCAUUGUGAUAAUUCAUUACGCUCUAUGACCUUACUCUGUGAUUACUUGGUGCGUGUUACUCCUUUGCAGAUGUUCUGACUUUCCUCCGAGAGUAUUUCCAUGUUAAAUACUGUUGCCUCUGAUCGGCUUUUUAGUGUUCCGCGUCUCGGUGGCAAUGUGUAUUGUCCCCCAGAGUGGUAUGAAUAUUGGCGAUUUUCGAAAUUGUAAAUUCCCAUCAAGCGAAUUUCGUUAGUAGACGACGUCACGUCAGCUUGUUUUGGAUAAUGGAGCAGAAUUGUAGAAAUAACUAUUGUAGAUAGUUGUAGAAAUAACUAUUUCUACAAUUCUAUAGAAAUUGUUUACUGCACAGAUUAGUGUAGUAAACGUGGACACGACACUUGUCAAUUUUGUCUUUGACGCUACGGCUAGAGGAAGUGUUUGGCCUAAUCCAUCAAAAACAGGAAUGUAAAAGAAUAGUGGUUCGCUGAUAAUCUUGAUAAUUAUCAUGGAACUCUCAAUGAACAGAUGCCGGAGUCAGAUCCUACUCAUACCGCACUUGAUUACGAAUGCAGUUUACACUCCAAUCCAGUUGGUGGCUGUAUUGCGCCAUUUAAUGGUUUGCUUGGCUUAAGUCCAUUGCUAGUAAAUGUUGAAGAGUGUAUGUCGGGUGGAUGUAAGUAACAUAAUAAAUCAACCUGAUUUCGUCGUGCACCACUUGUAAAUGUGCCGGCGAAAGACUCCCUUUCAAGAAUGAAACAAGAAUACCAGGACCUGAUUUUGCAGGCAUGUGGUGCAACAGCCCUGCGUGUGGGUGAAAAAAUCCAGACGUUGUGGAGUGGUUAUGGCCAGAUAGUUAGGGUCCAUUUAGAGGGCUGUGAACAGCCCUCUGUCGUUGUCAAACAUGUCAUGUUCCCAAAGCAAUGCAAGCGCCCUGGAGGCUCAAACACAGACCUGUCUCACAUGCGCAAGGUGAGGUCCUACCAUGUGGAGACGUACUGGUACCAGAACUACUCCACCAAUGAUGGCUGUCGGAUGCCAGCCUGUCUGGCAGCUCAUUCGUAUGGGGAUGAACACCUGAUUGUUCUGGAGGACCUGGAUGUGGCCGGCUUCAACCAGAGAAGGACCAGCGUUACAGAUGCAGAGAUUAGGGCCUGUCUCAGCUGGUUGGCUAACUUCCAUGCCCUAUUCCUGGGGGUGUCACCAGAAGGGCUGUGGCCCAUUGGAACCUACUGGCAUUUGGAGACACGCCCCGAUGAGUUGGAGGCCAUGGACGACGCCCAGCUCAAAGCGGCUGCUGGAAAGAUUGACAGGGUCCUCAAUGAAUGCCGCUUCAAGACCAUUGUCCAUGGAGAUGCCAAAUUGGCUAACUUCUGCUUCUCUGGGAGUGGGCGGAGCGUGGCAGCAGUGGACUUUCAGUAUGUAGGUGGAGGCUGUGGGAUGAAAGAUGUUAUCUAUAUCCUAGAAGAGAUUGAGGAAAAGCAGCUGGAAAAGAGGGUACCUGGUCUGCUAGAUCACUACUUCACUGAAUUGAGGGCAUCAGUAAGCAAGCAAGUGGACUUUAAUGCGCUAGAGAAGGAGUGGAGGGACAUGUUUGCCUUUGCCUGGACAGACUUCCAUCGCUUUCUCCUGGGGUGGAUGCCAGGUCACCGGAAGAUUAACAGAUACACCAAGCAGCUGACUAAAGAGGUGCUGAGGAAACUAAAACUGUAACUUUAACUGCUGCUUUUCAGCCUGUUUAAUCACCUGCAGUUCUGAUUGGGUUGUAUUGUACUGUGAACUGAUUAGUUAUGUGUUGUUGGAAACAGCACAGCAGAUUAUCUGCGGAUGGAUUAGAGUCCUAUUUAUUUCUGAUAUUAUCUUAUGCCCACCUUACUCUGUUGGAUGAUGUUGUGAACAGCUUGUAAGGGAAUUGUACCGUUUAUCUACAAUACAGUUGGUUGCCAAUUUUCCCCAGUCACAAUUAUCCUUACCUUAAAUAAUUAUUAUUACUGAAAGUCAAUAUCUACAGUUCUUUUGAAAAAGCCUUAUGUUGCCAGUGUAUACACUGACCAUUAUUUUUCGGUGCUAGGUUGUCUGGCUGUCUCAACUUGGUAAACUGAUCUCUCAUCAGAAUCACCUUUAUGUGCAAAUUACAUUUAUACACAGACAGUAUUUUUACGUGAUGUAAUAACGCUGCUAGUGGUAGACAACAUCAAGCAAACAGAAUAAACAAGGUCCACACAAAGUUGAUCUACAUUUACAAUGGAUGGUGAGUAUAUUAGGUAAUAGGAGUAUAUCCUACACAUUGAUUUACAGUGCCAGUAGACUAUAUGCAUAUACAGCUCCAGAAAAAAUUAAGAGACCACUGCACCUUUUUAUUUCC